AUGCCUCUCACCAUCCUCUCCCGAUCCCAGCUCCGCGAGCUGCUACAUGCGCUCUCUCGCGACGAGAUUCUUAAUCUACAACGCAAUCUCGCCGACGCCCUACGAGAAUACUCCAGUGGAUCCCAGGAGAAGGGUUGCUCGGCAGCUUACCAACCCCAGCGAACUGCCAUCACUCGUCAGAAUGGCUGUACCACCCUCUUUAUGCCCGCCAGCACGGGCCAGACAAUUGGCAUCAAGAUGAUUUCCCUGCAGGACGGGGGCGCUGCUGGCUGUGCGGUUGAACGGGACACGGUGGAUAUGCAGGAGAAGGACCAUAUUUCCUCGCGCAGACGAGGCUCUUUCCGAAACUCAGUGGCUUCCAUAUCCUCCGACUUGAGCGAUUUGUCUGUGGGCUCCCAAGAAGACAAGGAAGACAGUAACUCGAUUAGUCCCGUUACCACCACGAACAGCAGUGCAGCAGGAUCAAGCACGGAUAGUUCCACCCUGCUCACUGGUUGUGUCAAUCAGCAGAAUGUCACCUCGAACAUUUCUAGAACUCUUGGCGCUUGGCCGGGCGCAGGAACUCGUGACACAUCGCCGCGCGGCAGUGUGACACUCCUAGAUGGCGAAAGUCUGCCAUUCGCCCUGAUCAACGCUCAUGAGCUGACGGCAUUCCGCACGGCCUUGGCUUCACUGAUGAUGUUCAACAGGCGCAAGAAGGUGCGCACUCUUCUCGUAUUCGGUGCAGGUACCCAGGCUUACUGGCACAUCCGCUUGGCGUUGGUUCUCCGCGGUGAGGACAUCCGCCGGGUAUAUAUUGUGAACCGGUCUUUCGAUCGCGCAGCCAAGCUUCUGCAAGAAAUCUAUCAGCCCGAAAACACCGAAUGGCGCGGGGACGUAAAGUUUUCUGCCGUUAGCACCGAUUUCGGCGAGUACAGUCGCAUUCUGAAGGAACAUGUACGCAAGGCCGACGCAAUCUUCUGUUGUACUCCCUCUCCAGAACCUCUUUUCCCUGCGGAGUACCUCACCUCGGGCGAAGGCCGUCAGAAAGGGCGGUUGAUUUGUGCGAUUGGAUCAUACAAGGCACACAUGGCCGAGAUCCACCCGGAUAUCCUCCGAGACGAGGUCAAUUUACAGGCUGCGCAUAGCCAUUGGCACAAGCAGAUCCACCGUAGUGACGCGGCCCUGAAGGAGGCGGGUGAGAUCAUUCAAGCCGGAAUUAAGCCAAAACAGGUUGUCGAGUUGGGCGAACUACUGAUGGUGCGUGAUGCCACCCGUGAGGCGGCGACUGUGGAUGAGGAAAAGAGUCUACGUGAAUGGGCACAACGGGGGAAUAUCAUCUACAAAUCGGUUGGGCUUGGACUGAUGGAUCUCGUGACGGGCGGAGAUUUGGUGCGCUUGGCACGGGAGCGGAAGUUGGGGACCACAGUGGAGGACUUUUAG